AUGGCAGAAGACCAACGUUCCGCUCUUCUACGAGCAUCGAAGCCAGCAACCAAGGAGCUCUUCAGCACACUGAUCACGGCGAACCACAUCUUGCAUUACCACAACGUCGUCGACGCAUACGGUCACAUCUCCGUGCGCAACCCGCAGGACCCAUCAACCUUCUUCAUAUCGAAGUCCCUAGCCCCCGCGCUGGUGUCCUCGAGGGGAGACUUGGAGGAGUAUCGUGUAUCCGACGCCAGCCCGGUCAACAAGGAUGCGCCGAAGGGCUAUGCCGAGCGGUACAUUCACAGCGAGAUCUACAAGAAGUACGCGGGCGUCAACUCGGUGAUCCACGCCCAUUCCGAGGUCGUGUUGCCGUUCAGCAUCAGCAGUAUACCGCUGCGACCUGUGUUCCACAUGGGCGGUGUCAUGGGAGCUCAAUGUCCUGUUUACGACAUCCAACAACACUACAAGUCAUCUGACAACUCGCACUCGAUGCUAGUCACCAACGAGCACCUCGGAGCGGGCCUGGCAGCCGGCUUUACACCCACCACCAUGAUGUCCAAGACGACGAACCUCAUCCGGAACUUCGUGACCUCCCAGCCUGCUCAGGCGGUAGACUACCCGCCAAACCCGACGGUGCUCAUGCGUGGCCACGGCUUCACCUGCAUCGGCGAGACGAUUCAGGAAGCCGUGUACCGAGCCAUCUUCACCUGCACCAACGCCCGUGUCCAGACGACCGCGCUGCUUAUGCAGGGGUCGUACAACGUCGGGCUGGUCGGAGAGCGACUCGGUGGCGGCGAUCGGGAGACCGGACCUGCGAAGCAUGAGGACAUCCAGUACCUCAGCGAUCGGGAGUGCAAGGAUGCGUGGACGGCGAAUCAGGGCCAUGCUGAGAGGCCUUGGAGGCUCUGGUGUGCUGAGGUUGAGGUGUCCAAGCUCUAUCGAAAUGAUGGGUACUUGUAA